AUCUUGUCGCCGUUAUCGUCUUCGUUCAGAUCAACAGCUGGGUGGAACUCUGACAAAAAGUUGCUUCAAUGACAUUUUCUGAAGGGAUGGCACUGUGAGUGCGAGCCAAGACAGCGUUUUUUUAACUAUUAACUGACUUAUUCCACCGCGGCGCCAUGGAUUUUAACGUGAAGCGGUUCGCCGCAGACGCCGGUACUUUCCUGAGCCGCGCGGUGCAGUUCACAGAGGAGAAGCUCGGCCAGGCUGAGAAGACAGAGCUGGAUGCUCAUUUGGAGAACCUUCUGGUCAGAGCAGAGAACACCAAACAAUGGACAGAGAGGAUCAUGAAGCAGACAGAAGUCCUCCUGCAGCCCAACCCCAAUGUCCGACUAGAAGAAUUCGUGUAUGAGAAGCUGGAGAAGAAAGCCCCCACGCGGAUGAACAACCAUGAGUUACUGGGCCAGUCCAUGAUCGAGUCAGGCAGUGAAUUUGGUCCUGGAACAGCCUACGGAAAUGCUCUACUAAAAUGCGGUGAGACCCAGAAGCAGAUCGGCGGAGCAGAGCGGGAAUUCAUCCAAAGUGCUGCCAUCAACUUCCUGACACCUUUCAGAAACUUUCUGGAAGGUGACUUCAAAACCAUCCUGAAAGAGCGGAAACUACUGCAGGUCAAACGUUUGGACCUGGACGCAGCCAAAACCAGGCUAAAGAAGGCCCGGAUGGCCGACGCUCGAGCCGCGGCCGAGCAGGAGCUGCGGAUGACCCAGAGCGAGUUCGACCGGCAGGCGGAGAUCACCCGGCUGCUGCUGGAAGGCGUCAGCAGCACCCACGCGCACCACCUCCGCUGCCUCAGCGACUUCGUGGAGGCGCAGACGACGUACUACGCCCAGUGCUACCAGUACAUGGUGGACCUGCAGAAGCAGCUCGGCAGUUUCCCCUCGUCGUUCUCCAACAACAACCAGUCGUCGGUGUCGGGCGGGGCCAGCAUCUCCGUGCCCACCAUCCCCGUGUCCGCCUCGCUGCCCAGCGUGGCGGCGGGCGGCCGCGGCGGCUCGGCGGCGGCGGCGGGCGGCUUCAACGAGCUGCGCAGCUCCAACGGCAGCCGCAAGGCCCGGGUGCUGUACGACUAUGACGCCGCCAGCAGCAGCGAGCUGUCCCUGCUGGCCGACGAGGUGAUCACGGUCAGCAGCGUCCCCGGCAUGGACUCGGACUGGCUGAUGGGCGAGCGAGGCAGCCAGAAGGGCAGAGUGCCCAUCACCUACCUGGAGCUGCUGAACUGAGGCAUCCGAACCCCGUAUUUAUCCCCGCCCGGCGGCUCCACGGCGAGGGUCGGCCUUCGGGAGGAGAGCGAGGCUCGGCCAGAGCGGACUCUGCUGGAGCGGACUCGCUCCAGGGGCGGGCUGCAGCACACAGACCCGUCCCCUCAUUCGUUUGCAGUACAUUUCUAAAUACAUACGUGCCAGAACGUCUCCCAGCCUGUAACGUUUGAAGCUUUUGUUCACAGAACGCAUUUAUCUCAGACGGUGACCUUAAAGUUUUCCUUUUUUUUUUUUUUUUUUUCUUUGAGGACACUUUUUAUUAAAUUGCAUAAAAAGAAGCACUUCAAUUGGAAGUGAUUUUAUUUCUGAUGACCUUACAGCCCAGCAGCUGUAACGGUUAUCUUAAACAUGAAUGGUAUUUUAACAGCAUGUGUUGAACGUCGACAAGCCUUCCUCUUCCAGACCAGCCUUUGUGCAGCUACACCAGCAGUAUUGACUCCCUGCAGCCUUCAACUCCACUCUUUCCCAGUUAACUUAUUGACAGUUGGAAAUCAGCUUUUCCACAUUUCAAUCUGACAUUUUUGUAAUCUGAAAAGCACAUUUUUAAAAAAGAAACGGCAGAAAGUAAAGGUUUACCUUCACCUUGAUGUUACUAACAUCUUCCCUGAAUUUACAUUUCAGCUCCAUGUAUUCGUUUGUCUUCAUGUUCCGUUCCGUUGUGGGAGAUUUUUAAGUAUAUUAUUGCACAGCCGCUUCUCCAUUUCGUGUGUAACUGAUGAAAAUGGCAUACGACUGUAAAAUAAACGCAUUAAAGUGA